UCUCGCCAUCAUCCUCCUCACCAUCAUAUGUUCCAGUGGAGAGCGGAGCGAGAGGAGCGCGCGCGCAGAUGUUUUUAUUACUUAUCUACUUAUCUUCAUUCAUUUGAUCAGUUUAAAGCAGUGUUUCUCACCUCCAGGCGCCCCGAGUGAUGGCACGCGGUCACGCCGAGCUGUAGGCGCCCGCAGGCGGUAAAGGAUGGGGUGUGCACAGUGUAAAGACAAGGACUCUAAGCUGGUGGAGUCUGAUGGUGGGCAGUGUGGCACCGGGCCGGUGUGUGUGCGCUUUAAUGACCCACAACAGAUCACGGUCAGCGCCAUCCCCAACUACAACAACUUCCAUCAAGCAGGAGGUGCUCAGGGUGUCACUGUGUUCGGAGGAGUCAGUACACACACCGGAACACUGCGCACGAGAGGUGGAACAGGUGUUACCCUAUUUGUAGCACUGUAUGAUUAUGAGGCUCGGACAGAAGAUGAUCUGAGCUUCCAGAAAGGAGAGAAGUUUCAGAUUAUUAACAGCACUGAGGGCGACUGGUGGGACGCUCGUUCGCUCACCACUGGAGGAACUGGAUACAUUCCCAGUAAUUACGUUGCUCCUGUCGACUCCAUCCAGGCAGAGGAUUGGUACUUCGGUAAACUGGGCCGGAAAGAUGCUGAGAGGCAGCUGCUGACUGUGGGAAAUCUGCGAGGCACCUACCUAAUCCGUGAGAGUGAAACCACUAAAGGUGCCUUCUCCCUCUCUAUCCGGGACUGGGAUGAUGUUAAAGGUGACCAUGUGAAGCACUAUAAGAUCCGUAAGCUGGACAGUGGUGGGUAUUAUAUCACCACUCGUGCCCAGUUUGAAACACUGCAGCAGCUGGUUCAGCAUUAUUCAGAGAGGGCCGCAGGCCUGUGCUGCCGCUUGAUCGUUCCAUGUCAUAAAGGGAUGCCACGUCUGACAGACCUGUCAGUCAAAACCAAAGACGUGUGGGAGAUUCCGCGGGAAUCACUGCAGCUCAUAAAGAGGCUGGGCAACGGCCAGUUUGGGGAGGUCUGGAUGGGCACGUGGAACGGGACCACUAAAGUGGCGGUGAAGACGCUGAAGCCGGGCACCAUGUCCCCCGAAUCUUUCCUGGAAGAGGCUCAGAUCAUGAAGAAACUUCGGCAUGAUAAGCUGGUCCAGCUCUACGCUGUCGUCUCUGAGGAACCCAUCUACAUCGUCACUGAGUACAUGAGCAAAGGAAGUCUGCUGGAUUUCCUGAAGGAUGGAGAAGGACGAGCUCUAAAGCUGCCCAACCUUGUCGACAUGGCUGCACAGGUGGCUGGAGGUAUGGCCUACAUUGAGAGGAUGAACUACAUCCACAGAGAUCUGCGUUCAGCCAACAUCCUGGUUGGAGACAAUCUGGUGUGCAAGAUCGCAGACUUUGGGCUGGCCCGACUCAUUGAGGACAAUGAGUAUACUGCUAGACAAGGAGCGAAGUUCCCCAUUAAGUGGACGGCCCCAGAAGCAGCACUUUAUGGUAAAUUCACCAUUAAAUCAGACGUCUGGUCAUUUGGCAUCCUCCUCACAGAACUCGUGACUAAAGGCAGAGUGCCAUACCCUGGGAUGAACAAUCGGGAGGUUCUAGAGCAGGUAGAGCGGGGGUACCGCAUGCAGUGUCCGUCGGACUGCCCCAGUUCUCUGCAUGAGCUGAUGGUUCUGUGCUGGAAGAAGGAGCCGGAAGAGAGGCCCACCUUCGAGUAUCUGCAGGCCUUCCUGGAGGACUACUUCACCGCCACGGAGCCGCAGUACCAGCCUGGAGACAACCUUUAACCCACCCCUACUGAUCCACACUGGGGAACACCCCUUUAGCGCCCCCUGCCUGUCUAUAUGUCAUAGUAAAGCUUCACAACAUACCAAACAGUUCCCUGCAGAUGUGAAGCAGCUGGUGAUUUUGGCGGAGAGAAAAAUGUACAACUAUGACACACUUGGACUGACAAAUCAGACACUGAGCAGCGGAGCAGAAGGGGAUUUGUGGGUAAUGUAGGAAAUGGGCAGGAUGGAAAUGGUGGUUGUUUAAGUUUUGGAAUCUCCGGUUUGUCCACGAAAAAAGUUAAAGGAAAUGGUUCUGCUUGGAAUCAUGACAGUCUGAGGCUUAAAAGGUUCUUUGACUGCAUAAAAGGGUACUUUGCUUUUAUAGAUGUCUCUACAUAGACCCAUAAUAACUUAAAAGAACCGUUUGGAUGCUUAAAUGUGCACCUGCCAGAAUAUUUAACAAACAAUCUACAAAGUUAAUGGUAAAUAUUAGGAGUGUAAUGAUUCAAUGUAUUAUUUAAUUCACUUUGAUACAACACAAUACAGUGUUUCUUGAUUCAGUAGAUUUUCCAAUUGUGUAAAAAUUGAGCAGUGGAUAAAAUAUAACAUGUAUCACUUCAAUAUGUUUACUUUACUUAUUAGAGCAUUCGCCAUUAAUUCGUUUCGACAGCAUCUCAAUUUAAUCUUCUACACUGCCAGUCAAAAGUUUUAGAACUCUUCCCAGUUUUGAAUUCUUACAGUCUCAACAUUGCACAUUGCUGGAGGGACUGCUAAUAAGGUGUUUCUGCAAGUGUACACAUGCACACUGCCCAGCUGAUUGGUUUUAAACAAUGUGCUCAGGGGCCUAAAAUGUUUGCACAGCACUCUAAGUGAGAAAUCUAGUAAAUUACAGUUACUGGUGAUGUGACAAUUUUCUGACUUUCAGCGUAUGUGAAAAGCACCCUAAUGAUUAACGAUGCAAUGAAGUGGCGGUAAUCAGUAUAAUAUUUCAGCUUGUCUGCUUUAUGAUAUUUUUCUUAGUUUUCUGUUCCUGUUUUUAUUGUUUUCAUCUUGUCUUUCUAUUUCAUUACCCAUUAAUCAUAAGUCUAGCCACAGUAAUAGCUGCCAGAAUGAGAUUUUUGGGGUUAUUUUGUUUUUUUGUUUUGGUUUAUCUUUCUUUUAUCUUUCAAAAGGUUUCAUAUUUUAUUAAUGUUCUUUUUUUAAAGAAUAGCUUGGCAAUAAAAAAAACAAUAAAUAACAUUUUAUUCUGUGUAGUCCAUCAGCCAAGACAUGUUGAAGAAGUGAAUUGAAAUAUAUCCUAGCAAGAACCAUAAACUGUGUCUGUACUUUAGUCAGUGUUAUAGAUAAAUGGGACUCAAAACAGAACAAGAAACUAUAUAAAAAAGUCUAUUUGAGAAUUCCUGUCAAAACAAUUCUAUUCCACCUUAAAUGGUCCAGUAGUUAGUCUGGCUUACAUUAUGCAUUAGCUACAUUUGUAGUGCCAAAGGUAAUUAGUUGUUGGCAGGUGAUAUAGCAGUGAGGUUCUUUUUUUUGUUUAACUCCAUGCUGAAGGUAUUUUGUGUUCAGGCUGUUCUGCAGUCAGAUGUAUUUUCCUUCGCUCUUUUAUUUGUAUUUCCUCUGUACACUUCUGUUGUGUAUUUGACUGGAUUGAUUGAUUUCCUGUCUUUUAAAGUAGCUAAUGCUAAUGCUAGCAUCACAUCCACAAGUUGUUUUAGUUUAGUCAGGCUAGCAGUACACCUCAGAAUCUCAGGCAAGGCAGCAGAAACAGGCUGCACUUCAAGAUUAUUUCAGACAUUUUAUGAUCAUGACACUGAUUAUGUAAUUAUUUAAACAAUAUUUCAGAUUUAUUUUAUGACUAGACUUUAGGUCUUUCGUUGUUGUUUUUACAGCCAAAAUGUGUCCUGACUCUUGAUUUAAUGGAGGAAAAUGUAAUACAAACGAAGUCUGCUGUAACAAGCACACAUAGACAUCUGAGCCUCUGAAAACUCCCUCACUGUCCAAAUUUAUUACGCCAAAAAGUUAUGAACACACCGUAGUUUUGAGAAAAUGUUGGGUCUGAAACCUCUCUUAAAGUUAAAAACCAUUAAAAUAUUAUAUAAAAUGAUAGUCUCCAAAGGUAUUUGUUCAGACCCGUGCACAUGUGUUUCUUCUGGUUCUCCAAUUUCAUUGCUUUAAAUUUUUUUAAGAUUAUAAAAGCAAGUUUGUUUCUAGUACAUCUACUGUGCAGCUCAGAGUAACUUAAACAUGCCGCUUUGGUGUUGUUUCGCAUUGUAAACACACAUGACUGUCAAAGACAGAUUGUUAAAGUAUGAGUUUAAAAAAAAAUGUUAGCCUCAUUAGCCUCAUAACUCCAGUGAUAAUUGCUGGUGUAUGAGUUUUCGAUACAUGUUAGCUACAUUAGCCUCAUAUUUCCCAUGCUAAUUGCUGGGGUUUGAGUUUUCAAUACGUUAGCUACAUUAGCCUCAUAGCUCCCAUGCUAAUUGCUGGUGUAUGAGUUUUCUAUACAUGUUAGCUAUAUUAGCCUCAUUGCUCCCAUGCUAAUUGCUGGGGUAUAAGCUUUCCAUAGUUGUUAGCUACAUUAGCCUCACAGUUCUAGUGCUAAUUGCUGGGGUAUGAGUUUUCAAAACAUGUUAGCUACAGUAGCUUUACAGUUCUAGUGCUAAUGGCUGGGGUAUGUUAUUUCAUUAUUGUUAGCUUCAUUAGCCUCAUAGCUCCAGUGAAAAUAGAUGGGGUAUGAGCUUUUAAUACUGUAGCUACAUAAGCCUCAUAGUUCUAAUGCAAAUCUUCAUAUAUCAAACAUGUCUUGGCUAAUCGACUGCACAUGUAGUAUAAAGACUGGGGUAAUCCGUUUUUUUUUUUUUUUGCCAGACUGUCGCUUUACAGCAGAAAAGUUUCUUUUAAAAAAUAUAACAAAAGCUAUUUUAAAAAUAAUAAUAUAUGUUGCUUUUUGUAUUUUGUCGAAUGUUAUGAGAGUAUUUUUUAGACAUAUCCUCAGCUGGGCCAGACAGAGUGAAUGAUUACUUGAAGCGGAUCUUUAUUUCAGAUUAAGGACAAAAGUUUGACGGCCACGUUUUCAGUGGUGUUACUUUACCCUACCCCCCUUCUCAGGUCUUACAAUGAUCAGACCCUUGGAAGGACUCUCACGGACCACUCCUCCACGUCAUUACGUCUUCUCUCUCUGUGACACAGCAGGAUGGACGUUUUUUUUCUUUUUAAUGUUUUGUUUUUUAUCCUCUGCCAUAAUGUUUAAUAUUUAACUAUAGCUUUAUAAUAGAGUGAAUUUUGAAGGGAAUAUAUCUCCUCCAGUCAGAAGUCUGAGCACACCUGAGUUAAUGAACAUUUUAUGUUUUUUGACCUAAAGGUAAAAAAAAUUAAAUGCUUGAGAUUUUAUUCUAAAACAAUUAAUAGUGAUCUUGAUGCCUGCGUAUGAAUUUAUUCUUGUAACAACUUCUAAGAAAUUACGCUUUUUAACUGUCAUUUUAUAGUUUAUUGUCUUUACCCUUAUGUUAUAUUCUAACACAUUAAAAUAACACCAAGAACUCUUCAUGAUCAGGUGUGUAAAUCCUUGGACUGGAGCAGUAUGUUGUAACAGGGCUGGAUGAUGAUGAAGAAAAUGCUGUUUGCUUUUACAGUAACUUUACUGUAUCAGAAAAUCCACUCUGCUAUAUUUUCCAUCUCAAUUUAAACAUUUCCUUUUGUUAACCGUUUGAUUUACCAUUUGAAAAUAAAGUACAGUAUUUUACA